UGUUUAAACAGUCAUGAAUUAUUUUUAACACCAGGUUGGAUGUAAUGUGUUAGAACUACCAGCAGGUGGGGAUAAGAGAUCUUUAAGGUGUUUGGUGCCACACUCCACCUUCAGGUUUAAAACUAGUGUUAAUGGAGGGAGUUUGAAGGUUGAGGUUGUUCCACGACUGCAUUUCACUCACUGCCUCUGUUUGUAUCUCUGUCACUGCAGGACCAACAUGGAGCGAGAAGUCAGCGCUCUCAGGAGGCCGACAAACCUCACAGAAGAAAGAGAGAAAACAUACAGCUGUGACGAGUGUGGGAAGGAUUUUGCUAUGAAGGCUAAACUAAAACAGCAUCAGGUCAUCCGCACUGGAGAGAGGCCGUUCAGCUGUGACUUGUGUGGAAAGUCUUUUUCCUUGAAGGGUCACCUAAAACAACACCAACUUAUCCACAGUGGAGUUAAAGCGUACACCUGUGAUCAGUGUGGCAGAGCUUUUAAUCGCAGUAGCCACUUACAGAGUCAUCUAGUUACCCACUCUGGAAUUAAGGCAUACAGCUGUGAUGAGUGUGGGAAGGAGUUUACUGGGAAGGCAUCACUAAAACAGCAUCAGGUCAUCCACACUGGAGAGAGACCGUUCAGCUGUGACUUGUGUGGAAAGUCUUUUUCCUUCAAGGGUUACCUAAAAACACACCAACUCGUCCACAGUGAAGUUAAAGCGUACACCUGUGAUCAGUGUGGCAGAGCUUUUAAUCGCAGUAGCCACUUACAGAGACAUCUAGUUACCCACUCUGGAAUUAAGGCAUACAGCUGUGACAUCUGUGGAAAAACUUUCAGCCAGAGAGGAAACCGAAAUGUACACCUACGCAUUCACACCAGACAUGAUGUGUACAGCUGUGAACAGUGCGGCAAACAGUUUAUAACUCACACAGAGUUACAACAACACAUGUUUAACCACACUGAGGGACGACCUUAUAAAUGUGACCUGUGUGAGAAGACUUUUAAAUCUCCACAUUACCUGAGACGACACCAACAGAUCCACACCAGAAAGAGACUCUACAAGUGCAGUUACUGUGAGCAGAGCGACACAGAAGGAUCCAGUUCUCAACCCUGUCAUCACUGUGGUGGUGGGAAAGAGUUUCGUUGUGACCUCUGUGGAAAAACUUUCAGUCAGCAAGCCACCCUAAAAACACAUCAACGUAGACACACUGGAGACAAACUGAAAUACUGCAAAGAAUGUGGGAGAAGCUUCACCACAUCAUAUAACUUAAAGAAACAUGAACUGAUUCACAGUGGGGUUAAAAAGCACCUCUGUGAUCAGUGUGGGUCAUCCUUCACCACUGCAGGUGAGCUUAAAACACACAAACGAGUCCACACAGGAGAGAAACCAUACAAGUGCAGACACUGUGACAAAAGCUUCUCACAAUCAGGUCAUCGUAUCAAGCAUGAACGUACACACAUGGAAGGAAACUACAGCUGUGACCAGUGUGACAAGAGCUUCAGGAUUCUCAGUUCAUACUCUGAACACAAACGAUCCCACGUUACUAAUAAACUGUUUCACUGUUACCAAUGUGCCAAAACAUUCACCUCAUUGUCUGCUCUGUGCAAACAUCAGCGUGAUCACUCAGGGCUGAAAUCACUCCCAUCACUGGAUCACAGUGAAUCUGAAGAGACAGAAAGAUCCUCUGGUUUCAGAGUCAGACUCAAAAAGCUUGAGAUCAGGCUCCACAGAGUUCAGAUAGAAUCAUUUAAACUUGUGUUGAACUGAACUGGUUGCUGGGCUGAACUUCUACAUAAUACAGAUGCACAUGGGAUCUUAUUUUCUGUCCUUUUACUGAGUCAGUUUUGUCCUUUUUUCUCUGUCCUGGUUUUGCUCGUCUAUAAAUAAUUGAAACUCAGUCAAAUAGUUCAUUGUUCUCCAGCAAAACUUUUUUGAAACUCAUGUUUAACCUUUAAAACUCUGACAUGUUUUAGCACACAAGGCUUCAUCGGGGAGUUCACUCAUGAUUGGACCAUGAAAAUAAAGGUUUUUAGUUCUUUCAAAGAGAGUCUUGGAGGUGUUUGAUGUUUUUGUUUUUUCUGAAACCACCUGAAAGAAAAACUAUUUUUCUUGCUUUAUGUAGUGUGCAAGUUUUUAAUGUUUCUUUCAUCUGUGAUGUUCUUGAAUGUGUUCACAUGAAGCUGGUACAAAUAAACUGUCCUUUUAGCUUUAGCUCCUAAUUUAUUCAUUAGUUAUGGAUGUAGCACAGCAGCAGUUUCUUGAUUAACACAUGGAGGGUUCAGGAUCUGAUGGUAAAUAAUGUUUUGUGUCCUUGUACACAUCAUACAGCUCAGCUGUUCCACAGAUGUCAGGUUUACACAGUGGGAUGGUUUGUAAGAACGCAGCUCUCCUGUGGAUAAAUCCUUACUCUUAGCCUCAGGACCUCACACAGUCCCAGCAGGUUGGUCAGAAGAUAUGUCACUUAUACCAAAACGUCACAGAGCCUCCUUUGCUGUGCUGUUUUCACAAAGAAACGUAAACUGAAGACCUGCACUUACUGAAUCUGCUAAACUAAUUAAAACAUUGUGUCUCCAUGAUUGAAUCUGCUGUUUUUGUCCUGCUGUUGGUAGAAAGCUGGUUAAUGCUGAAAUGAACUGGCUGCAUGCAUCUCUGAAUGUAAAUUGGUGCACUAUUAAUAGAUCACUCUGGAACGGUGUCAUCACCCUAAUUUGCCCACUUAGUAAAUCUCACUCAUGGCCAAGAAAUUGAAAUAAAUCUUGUUUCCCUGCUGGAUAGUGAUCCACUCUAACUCUGCUCCUCCUUCCUGUUUAGGAUUUCUGUGACUGAAGUAAAAUUCCCUCCAUCCAUCACUUAUCCCAGCUAAGCCAAAGUAAAAUAACGUUUUGCUCAUCUUAAAAAAGCAUUACAAUAAUGGGCAUUACCAAUGCAAACUGAAUAAUACAGAAGAUGAAAGAAUAGACUUUGAUCAGUUAAUAAAGCUCAUGAUCUUGAUUCAUUGUGGCUGCUACACAGACACUUCUGGGUCACUUCUCUCAGUUAGUUUUGGUGAGGAAGGUUCCUGACUGUUGGACCACACCCCUGGUUUCAUGAGAAAUUGUUUCAGCCAUGAUUUCUCUUCCUGUAUUUCAGAGUAAAGACUGGAGUGACAAAUGGAAACAUGUUUAAAAAACGCAAUGUGAGAGAGAUGUCGAGGUCCUUAGAAGUGUGUGUGUGUUUGUUGCUGUUUCUCUGUAUAUCAUUUACUGAGUUGUUUUGUGUUUUAUGUUGCUUGAUUUAUAGGUUUAUUUUAUUUUGCUUUAGUGAAUGCACGGCCGCUUGCUGUGGGGGCUAGUGACGUGUGGUGGAAUUCCCUCUGAUGCAUAUGAGUAUGGAGGACCACAAGAGCCACACGCAUCGAAAUAAAAAAUUCU